AUGCGGCGUUAUCGUACCAUCAAAUUAGAACCUGAUCGAACCACACACGUCCCUAAUCUAAGACCCGAUCCUCAAUGUGUGCGAUACGCGUUUCCUAGAAUUUGCCUGGAAUCAGCCCAGACAGAAAUAAGCCAAUCAGCGUCGCUAUUAUUACUCACACCCGUCACUAUGCCUGUCGAUGCAGACAACUUGCGCUUGCGGGGCCUGGCGGUACGUUAUGGCUCCACUGGCGAUCGAAUGCGAUGUUCUGCUCCUCAUCUUCCUAUCAAGGUACAACUAUCCACCACCAUCAUUAUCGUGGAUGUGCGUCUCGGAUAUGGGACAGCUCGCGUGCUUGAGAUCAUGAUCCGCGGGCCCGAUCCCACAUGGCCUGUCGCGGGCGCUAACGAACCUCGCGCACGACUCUUCAUGCCAUCAAUGACCGAGCUCCUUGGUACCCUGGACGAUAUUCACGCUAUUCCCGGACCACUACUUUUGUUCGAAACCACGAGCUCUAGUCCUGUUCGCCCAGAGUGA